AUGCCGACGUUUACAUCCGUAGCUUUCGAUAGAUUGCUUGAACCUGGAGCCUCGAAUUACAUGACACCACCGGCGACAGAUCCACCCAUCUCAAAGAUCGAGAGGAGGCAUAGCACUCCAAACACUAGCCAGCUCAGGGAAAUUGAGGCCCGUAGUCGGAAUCCGAGGAGAGGAAUUCCUAUUCCUCAUAAUUCAAAGUAUGAUAAGAGGAUAAACGGUUCUUCAAGCACAUCUGUAUCUGUCGGUAACAAACACCACCGGACUCAAAUCUCCCCGGCACUCUACGCAACACCUGAGCCGACCCCACUUCCUGAUUCCCCGUCUUCAUUCCCCCCGUCACCCUACAUCGUCAACCACAAGCGGCGGGGCCCACGUCUCAUGAAGAGCUUUUCUGAGUAUGAUGUGGCAACUUGGGAACGGGAGGCUGGCGAGGGCAAGGUGGGUGGAAACGAGAAUACUGAUGAAAAGGAGGUGACAGCAAGAGCCUCUGAGGAUGAUGGGUUUGUUUCUAAGAAGGUUCCUGACGUUUUUCGUGUGGAUGAUGCCACUGUACCAUCCAUUGCUAGAGAAAAUCAUUUGAACGGUACAGGCAUUGAUGAGAAAGGAAAUUUAGAUGCGGAGAAUGGUCCGGAAGGCCAAAAAGGCAUGUUGAAGUCUGCUGUUGGAUUUGAUUUGCAACAAGAUGGCGAGGAUGAUGAUUUUGCUGAUCCACAGGACUCAAUGAGUGUUAGGAGCAUUAGUGAAAGUGAGGGUAUUGGUGGAGCUGAUCGGUCCCUAAAUUUGAGCACGCCAUUAGCCGAGUUCUAUGAUGCUUGGGAAGAAUUAUCAUCAGAGAGCGGCCCUCAGCUUAAGAUGCCCGAUAUCGAGAGUGAGUUGCGUGAAAUAAGGCUAAGUUUAUUGAUGGAGAUAGAAAAGAGGAAACAAGCUGAAGAUACCUUAUGUAAUAUGCGAAACCAGUGGCAGAGGAUCCGUGAAAAAUUAUCUCUUUUGGGUUUGACACUCCCUGAAGAUCUAAAAACUUGUUUGCUAGAGGGAGAACAACCUGCCGAUCCUGCUGGGGAGGUCUGGCAACAAGUCUAUAUUGCCCGGUUUGUUGCUAACUCAAUUGGGAAGGGAAUCGCAAAGGCUGAGGCUGAAAUGGAGAUGGAAGCUCAGAUAAAGUUGAAGAACUUUGAAAUAGCUCGUUUGUGGGAUAGGCUUCGUUAUUAUGAAACCGUGAACCAAGAGAUGUCCCAGAGGAACCAAGAAGUUGUAGAGGAGACGAGGCGACUUAGGCAAAUAAGGAAGAGAAGACAGAAAUGGAUUUGGGGUUCUAUUGCCACUGCAGUUACACUUGGUUCUGCUGUCUUUGCCUACUCUUAUUUCCACAGUGGAAAAACAUCGUCUUCCAAAACCCCAUUGCAUACAAUUGUGUCAGACUACCGAUACACAGAAUAG